AUGGAUAGCGGAUCCGCUGCAGAUUCCAGGCUCACCAGAUCUACCAGUGUUAUUGAGAGCACAGGCAUGAGGAGUGUUUCCAGUAGAUGGAAGCCAACAGAAAGCCAAAAAAGAAUACUGGAGUCCUUUUUCGCAAAUGGAACUAGAAAGCCUUCUGUGGAGCAAGUAAACCGCAUUACUGCAGAGCUGCAGCUCCAUGGACCAGUUGAAGUCAAAAACGUCUUCUUCUGGUUUCAGAAUGCCGCUGCCAGAGAGAAACGGAAGAGAGAAAGACCAGAAACAUCAUCCUUAAAAUGGCCCGCAGUUUUUAAGCCGCGCAACUGGACUUCUUUAUUUCGUUCGAAGAGGUCAUCUGAGAAUAAGAGCUCUGGACAAGAAGAGGAGGAAGAAGAGGAAGUGGAUAGCGGAGCUCGUAGGAAUUCAUCGGUAGAGCCCUUUGAUAUAAGAACAUUGAAAUUAUUUCCCUUGCGUCCUGAUAAUUGA